AUGCCCGAAGUCAGAGAACAUAUCCCUGCCUCCCCCGAUGCCGCCGAGCCCGAUGUUAUCGUGGUGGGUGGCGGCCUGGCCGGGGUGUGCGCCGCCAUCACGGCCGCCGAGCGCGGUGCAUCGGUCGUCGUUCUCGACGGCGCCCACGGGGGCGGGUCGAGCGCCAUCUCGGGCGGCGUCAUCUAUGCCGGCGGUGGGACGCGGCAGCAGCAAGAGGCGGGCUACGGCGGCGACACGCCUGAGAACAUGUUUCGCUACCUCCGGGAAGAGAUCGGGACCGGGGUCGUCGGCGAGCCGACGCUGCGGAGGUUCUGCGACGAGAGCGUCGCGCGCAUGGAGUGGUUGCAGAGCCACGGCGUCAGCUUUGGCGGCUCCUUGUGUCCCUUUCGCACGAGCUAUCCCACGGAUCGAUACUCGCUCUACUUCUCCGGCAACGAGAAGGCGUAUCCUUUUGCCACGGUCGCUCAACCCGCCCCUAGAGGACAUCGGGUUGUGGGAGAUGGGGCUGGCGGAAUGAACAUGACCGGUAAUGUUCUGUGGGAGACCAUGUUCAAUUCGGCCGUGCAGAUAGGUGUCAAGUUCAAGUUCGCCAGCAAGGUUGAGCAACUGCUCUUGGGCGAUAGCACUGGCACCGUGCAUGGUGUCCGCUAUCUUUCGCUCGAUGAAUCAUCCGGAGAAUUCGCAAAGCACAGAGCAUUGAAGGCAAGUGGCUCAAAAUACCAUCAGUUGUCGAUACAAUCCCUCGCCAGUUGGUAUGACAAACGUGCAGACACUUUGUGGAGGCGCAAUGCCAAAGAAAAGUCGUUGAAAGCAAGUGCCGUUAUAUUAUCAGCAGGUGGCUUCGGCAUGAACGAGAUCAUGAUGAAAGAGUUUAUUCCGUGGUCCAGCAGGGUGUCCCCCUUGGGAACAUCAGGCGACGACGGAAGCGGUAUCAAGCUGGGCCAGUCGGUGGGUGGAGCCGUCUCGCACAUGCACCGUAUGUCGGCAUGGAGAUUGAUGUACCCUCCUGAAGCCCUUGUCGAAGGCAUCGUGGUCUCGGCAAAGGGUGAGCGUAUCGCGGCCGAGGACCUCUACGGCGCUUCAUUUAGCGAUGUCAUGAUCGAGAAGGCCAAUGGCUGCGGCUAUCUCAUCCUGGACUCGAGGCAGUGGAAAGGCGUUAAUGACCAGAUCGUAGAGCAGACUCAGAUGCCGUGGCGCGCUUUCAUCAGAUACCUGGUAUACUGGGCUCACAAAAGGGCUGGUUCGCUCGGGGGUCUGGCUCGAAAGCUCGGUGUCGAUCCUACCACGAUGGAGUCAACAGUGACUGCAUACAACGAUGCGAUAAUCGACGGGAAGCCAGAUCCUGUCAACAAAUUGGGGUGGAGGUCCGUCAUAAAUGAGGGGCCGUUUUACGGAAUCGACAUUUCACUCAGGCGGAGUGGCAUGCUAGUGGUUCCCGCGCUUCCUUUAGGAGGCCUCAAAGUCGAAGAAGAAACCGGACUUGUGCUAAAUAAGAACGGUGAAGUCAUUCACGGUUUAUACGCCGCCGGCAAGAAUGCUGUGGGGGUUUGUUCAAAUAACUACGUCUCAGGUCUUGCUCUAGCGGACUGCGUUUUCUCGGGAAAACGAGCUGGGGGGCACGUUAUAAUCCAACAUAAAGUUACUAAUGAAUAA